AUGCAUCAGCCGCCGGGUUUUAAAGACCCUCAAUAUCCAGAUUUUGUAUGUCGCUUACAUAAAGCAAUCUAUGGGCUUAAGCAGUCUCCGCGACAAUUGUUUGCCAAAUUAACUACACAUCUGCAGUCUUGGGGUUUUCGGCACAGCGAUGCCGAUCCUUCCCUCCUUGUGUAUAAUCACAAUUCACAUCUCAUAUAUUUUCUAAUAUAUGUAGAUGACAUUUUAGUGACUAGCAACAAUCCAAAUCUUAUUGCUGACCUUUUGCUUCAUCUCCAGCACCAAUUCCAGCUCCACAACUUGGGCACUCUUUCUUACUUCCUUGGAAUUCAGGCAGUUUCUACCCCAACCGGCUAUCAUUUACAUCAGACCAAAUAUGCGCUGGAUAUCUUAAACAGAGCGGGCAUGGCUAACUGCAAUCCGGUCCUCACACCACUUCAUGCAAAAUUGAGUUUGGAAAAAACUUUCCUCUCUGUAUUUGAAAAUCCAGAAUUCUUCCGGCAUCUCGUUGGCUCCUUACAAUACUUGACAAUUACACGACCGGACAUUGCCUUUGUGGUAAACAAAUUAUGCCAAUUUAUGCAUUGUCCCAUGUACCAGCAUUUUCUUGCUCUCAAACACCUUCUUCGGUACAUUAAAGGAACCGUUGAUCUUGGCUUACCCAUCUCCGGUCACUCCUCUGUUUUACAUGCUUAUGUUGAUUCAGAUUGGGCUGGUGACCCGUCCGAUCGGAAAUCUACUACAGGUUAUUGUCUGUUUCUUGGGGAUACUCUCCUUUCUUGGUGCGUCAAGAAGCAACAAACUGUUGCAAAGUCUUCUACCGAAGCUGAAUAUCGGGCUUUGUCCAUAGAAGCCACAGACAUUAUUUGGAUUUGUCGACUGCUGGCUGAUUUUCAAUUUAAUGUUGACACACCUACCUCUCUUUACUGUGACAACGUUUCUGCUAUUGCCCUUGCGCACAAUCCUGUCUUUCAUGCUAGUACCAAGCAUAUAGAGGUGAACUACCAUUUCAUUCGUGAUUGCAUCAAAUCAGCCACUAUUACCAUACUUCAUAUAAAUUCCCAAGAUCAAAUUGAUGAUAUCUUCACUAAAGCUCUCCCUCGUAUACGGUUUGCCGGUCUUUGA